AGCUGCUCAGAGCGCAAGCACCUCGAACGAGCCACUGCACCCCAUGGCCCCUUCGGCCUCGUUCUCGUUUGGCGCGCCCACCGCCUCGUCGUCGACGUCCACCCCGCUCAACAACCACGACCGCCCGCACCAGCCGCCGCUCAAGGAGUCGCGCACGUUCAUCACCGACACCUACACCAUCUGGGCGUCCCUCCAGCGCAUCGUGCAGCAGAACAACGCCGACCAGGACGACGUCUACGGCCCAGGUGGCGCUCCCGUCCCCACGCCAGACCAGGUCCAGUACUAUGGCCGCGUGUCGCGCCUCUACCGCGAGGCCAUCGUCCAACAGCUGCCCCUGAUCCAGAGCGACACCGACUACACGCCGGCGGGCAAGCACAAGGCGCUCGCCCACUUUGCCGCCAUGCACGGCGUCCUCGCCCUCGCCGAGAUCCUCUUCUUCCCCUCGGACGGCGUCGGCGAAGGGCUCGUCGCCGAGGAGCUCCUCGACUGGGUCAACACGAUCGACCCGGCUCCGUCCAACGACGAGGGCGCCGAGCUCCUCGCCCUCGCGUCGCCGUGGGACUCGGACGACUUUGUGCCGUACCUGUCGCGCUGCGUCCUGCGCGGCCACCUGUCGUCGGCCGCCGCCCUCCUGUCGCUCGUCGAGUCGCAGCACCCGGACGAGACGCUUCAGCACCUCGCCAAACACCUGUCGACCCUCGUCGCGUCGUACCCGCGCUCGACCGCGUUCCGCACCGAGUCGGCCUUUGUCGUCGCCCUGCGCCAGUGGCGCACCCAGACGCUCGCGCCCCUCAAGCCCCAGGUCGACUCGCUCCUGUCGUCGUCGUCCGACGACUGGGGCUCGUCGCUCGCGCCGCUCGUCGCCCUCGUGUCGUCGGCUGCCAGCGACCCGUCCUCGUCGUCGUCGUCGUCGGCCGCUGAAUCGGCCAUCGCCGCCCUCGGCCCCGAGGACUGGCGCGAGAGCCUCGCGGCGCACUGCCUGUGGGCCUCGCCGACCACUCUCCGCCGCGCCGACCUCCCGCCACUCGUCGACGCCCUGACGCGCACCCAGCCCGUCGACGCGUCGCUCCCCGCCGAGCGCGCCCACGCCGCCCUCCUCCGCGGCGACGUCCCCGGCGUCCUCAAGGCGCUCACGGGCGCCCACGCCUGGGCCGCGGCUCACCUCGGCGACCUCCUCGCGCACCUGCACCUCCCCGCGUUCGACCCGCCCGCGCUCACCGGCGCCGGCGAGGACGACGACGCGCUCGGGCUGCGCGAGGCGUUCCUCCUCGACUGGGGCGACCGCUGCACGGCCGACCCAGGGCUGUGGCGCGUCAGCUGCGAGUACUGGGCGGCGUGUGGCACGCAGGGGAGGGAAAAGGUGCGCGCGCUCGCCGUCGCGCUGCCGCUCGAGGUCGAGGGCGAGGGGGCGCAGCAGGGUGCGGGGGCACGAGCAGGGGCAGGGGCAGCAGGGGCAGGCGACGGCAUGGACGUCGAGGGAGAGGGGGAGGGCGAGGGCGAGGGCGUCGGCGCCGAGAAGGAGAACGCGGCGCCCAAGAAGAAGCGGGCCUCGCGCCAGGUCGACGAGCUCCUCGCCGUCCUCGCCGCGCUCGACCUCACGGACGAGUUCACGGCGACGUGCGAGGCGUAUGCGGCGAAGCUCGUCGACAAGCGGCGGUUCGGCGAGGCGGUCGCGUACGCCGUGAGGGCGGCCGACGGGAGGAGGAUUGCCGAGAUUGCCGACCGGAUCUUGGACGAGUACAUCGAGAAGGGUCAAGACGCCUUUAUCGCCCACGUCGACUCGAUCCCGACCUCGCUCCUGCGCCCUCCCUCGUCCGCUCCUCCCUCACCCUCGUCCCCCUCCGACCUCCCCGCCCUCUCUCCCUCUGCCGCCCUCGCCCCCUACACGGCCCGCCUCACGUUCCUCGCGCGGUACCGCGACUUUUUCGCCCUGUACGCGAGCGGCGCCCACCUCGAGGCGGCCCAGCUCCUCGUCCUCCUCCUCACGAGCGGCGUCGCGCCCAAACGCUUCUGGGCCGUCAUGCUCCUCGACUCUGUCCCUUUGCUCGAGGCCACGCCUCCCCUCCUCGACUCGGACGCCAUUUACGAGCUCCUGCGCGUCACCGAGGACCUCCUCGGCCCGCCCGACGUCUUUGGCGCGCUCGACCUCCUCGCGCGACUCGGCGGCGGCGGUGGUGGGACAGACGGCGCGGCCAAGCAGAUGCAGGUCGUGCGCGCCGCGCUCGCGAGGGGGCUCGCGGCGUGUGCGUGCCUCGAGUGA